CGAAGACGGGUGUAUUGGGUCAGCCUGGUUUGGAAAGUAGGACGUUGUGUGGUAAAAGGACGUGUUUUUGAGUGCUUAAGGUUGUAAAUGUAUUCGUAGCCGCUUGCCCAAAAUAAGAUACGAGCCAAACGAGUCAUGUUGAUGGAUUCAUUAAAGGACCCAUUCCAGUCAAUGUAAAAGUUGGGAAGAAAGUGAUGUUUUAUCGCAUAUGUACUUUCUCCAUUAAAAUGUUGCAGAAGUCUUUGUAAGAGAAAGUGAAGAAGGUGAAGUUAAAGAAACAUCAAUGCUUAUACUUGCCAGAUAAGGCUUUCAUGCUGUCUCUUCCCAUCUUGUACUGUAAGAGAACUUCAGUUAUUGUUAAGAAGUGCUGUAAAAUGAAGCGUUUCUUGUUGCUGUAUGGCUCUCAAAGUGGGCAAGCUCAAUCGAUAGCUGAAUCAAUUUGCCAGCAAGCACAUGGAUAUGGAUAUUUUGCAGAUCUUCAUUGCCUUAGCGAGACUGAUAAGUAUAAUUUAAAAAAUGAAAACGACCCGCUAGUGAUAGUUGUUUCUACAACGGGAGUUGGGGAUCCGCCGGAUAAUGCAAUUAAAUUUGUAAAGGAAAUUAAACUACAGAACCUGCCUGCUGAUUGUUUUGCCCAUCUACGAUAUGCAGUUUUAGCUCUAGGUGAUUCUGGUUAUUCAAUGUUUUGCAAUUGUGGAAAAACAAUUGACAAGCGACUCCAGGAGCUGGGAGCGCAGCACUUCUAUGAUACUGGACUUGCAGAUGAAGUGACUGGAUCAGAAGCCGUUGUUGAUCCUUGGAUUUGUGGCCUCUGGGAAGCUCUGAAAAAGGAAAAUGCUUCUGAAGUUUGCAUAUCACUAACAAAUGGAAAUGAAAAUUGUGACAUUAAGGUUGUUGCCAAUGAUGAGAAUGUUUUGAAACUGUCAGAUAUAAACACAGAGCUGCAACUUCUGACACUUGCAGAAACAGAACAGCCACUGCAGAAUAAGGAGGUUGAUAAACAGCCCAGUGAGCCAUCGCUUACUGCAUCUGUCUCGCCACUUUCUCAGUCUGCCCUUAGCGUUCCCUCUCUACCUCCAGCAUAUUUAGAAGUUAAUUUUGUGGAGAACACUUUUCAGGAGAGUGAACUGCAUCCUGUAACGUCUGAUAAUGCUGUUUUUCAAGUGCCUGUGACAAAAGCACGGGAGAUUACCAGAGCUGAUGCUGUGAAAACUGCCUUACUGCUAGAAUUAGACAUUUCGGAAACUUCUAUAUCAUACCAGCCUGGAGACACCUUCUCAGUUGUGUGCCCCAACAGUGCCUGUGAAGUAGAGGAACUUCUUGAAAGAUUGCGACUUACAGAUAAGAGGGAUCUUUGUGUCAGUUUACAGCUUAAAAAAGAUACAAAAAAGAGAGGGGCUCAGGUGCCACUGCAUGUACCCAAAGACAACACCCUUCAUUUUCUUCUGACAUGGUGCCUCGAAAUACGAGCAAUUCCGAAAAAGGCUUUUCUUCGAGCCUUGGUGGAGCAUACUACAAUUGCCAGUGAAAAACGCAGGUUGCAGGAGUUGUGUAGCAAAGAGGGUGCUUCUGAUUUUAACGCGUACAUAAGAGACUGUAAUACUUGUGUGCUGGAUCUCCUUCGUGCCUUUCCUUCUUGUCAGCCACCCCUUAGCAUACUGCUUGAGCACCUACCAAAACUGCAAGCCAGAUCCUAUUCUGCAGCAAGCUCCACCCUUUAUCACCCUGGAAAACUGCACUUUGUCUUCAAUAUUGUAGAGUUCCCUUGGUUUUCCCGAAAAGGAGUGUGCACUGGCUGGUUGCAAGAAUUAGUCACACCGCUGCUGCAAAAUGAAAAGACAGAAGCAAGAAUUGAGACGAAUUUAACUCUUUUCCCGAAGAUGUCCAUCUUUGUUCGUGAGUCCCAUGCAUUUCGUUUACCAGAGGAUCAUUCUGUUCCAAUUGUAAUGGUGGGACCUGGUACAGGUGUUGCUCCUUUCAUUGGCUUCCUUCAGCACAGGGAGGAAUUGAGAAAACAGAUGAAAGAUUCUAAAUUUGGAGAAACCUGGUUAUUUUUUGGGUGUCGUCAUCAUGACAGGGACUAUUUUUUCAGAGAGGACCUGGAACGUUUUGUAGAAAAUGGUACCCUUAACCAGCUUAAAGUUUGCUUCUCAAGAGAUUUGCCAGUUGAUGGACAGAUUCAGCCAAAAUAUGUGCAAGACAACAUUGUCCUUUGUUCAGAAGAUAUUAUAAGGAUUCUUACAGUGGAAAGGGGUCAUAUUUACAUAUGUGGUGAUGGUAAAAAUAUGGCAAAAGAUGUGCGCUCAGCAUUUAUAGAGAUUUUUGUGAAGCACUGCAAAGGUGACCAGCUAGACGCCAUGAAUUUUCUUGCCAAAUUAAAAUCAGAAGGCCGCUAUCUGGAGGAUGUUUGGUCUUAAGAUUCACGUGUUGAAUGUGAACAAUUACAGAACCACUUCAUGCAUGUUUUCUUCUGAACAGUGUACACCUGAACAGUGUACACUUUCAGCCACUGAACACUGUUCUUAUGGGUUUGCUGCUAUUUUAAUAACUGGUUUCCGGUAUAAUGUGCCUGGUGAUAACUGCUCUUAGCAUACAGAUGAACUGUGUUCUGUUACAACAAAGAAAAAAGAAAUGUAUUUUAAACAUUCUGAUACAGUGACUUCAGGAGUGAAAAGACUAUGACUAAAUUCAAGCUUUUUAAAGUAUUGCUGUAUUUUGUAAAGUAAUUUCAGUUUAUCAGUUUAAAAAAUGCCUCACCAGUUUAAAUGAGCCAGUAUCAAGAAACUUCUGCAGUGGGAUGACUGGGUUCCCUUUAGUGUAUUCUCCAUCUCAUUUGUGUUUUUGUUUUUUUCUGUUCCAUUCUUGUGUGAGGGGGAAUGUAUGCCUUAGUCUAGUACACAUUGUGACAUCAGUUAUGAGGGUAGGGCAGCUUGCUUAGCCUCUGAAUACUUAAGCUGUUUCCUAACUGUUCCACAACUCUGAUCUCUAGCCUGAUAUUUGCUGUCGAGAAGUUCCUAUUUUUGAUGCCUAGAAAGUAGAAGAGAGUGAAAUAUCUAUGUAGCCACCUGGUCAGGAGCCAAGACCCCCACCGGCACUGCAGCAUGCUGUCAAGCACUGCUGGUGAAGACUUUUUAAUCAGACCACCUGCAGUCACAGACAAUAAAGGCUGUAAGCCUUCUUUUCAUAGGUUCAUAGGUUUAUAAGUAGGUACUAGGCUAUUGGCCCUUGGGCCUAUACAAGCCUAGCCAUAAUGAUUCCCUGG